AUGUGUACAAAUGACAUGAUCUCGAAGUUAAAUCAUUGGGACAUAUCGCCGAAUCAUUAUCAAAUUGAAAAGAAUCGAAGAGUUUCGGUUCGAAAGCACUUCGAGAAGUUAUCCAAGGUUUUUGCAGGGAACACACAUGUAAAUUUUGAGGUAGAUUGCAAUCCUAAUUAUUUUCCCGUGGACGCUGUCGUUGAGGUUGAUCACCAGAGCGUGGACCUCAAGGGUAUGAAAAAACUCAUGGAGCUCUGUUUGUUUUUAAGAAAGAAUGUGGACGAACUGAAAUCCGUUUUCAAAAAAAGGCGUCGCGUGAGUGGUGAACAUUACACCGAAUCGGAACUAGCCGAUCUGGAGACGGAACUACGGUCGUUGGAUGAAGACGUUCAGCGAAUGAUGGAUACGUUAAAUGGCAUCACUGGUAAUCGACAGGAAAUCAAAUAUGUGUUGAAAAUGUACACUGAAAAUGAGAACCGGUAUGUGAGACUCAGGUCAUUGAAAAAGAGCAUAAAACUUCGUUAUCAAGAGAGAAAAACUGAAAACAAAACGAAUGAUGAUAAAUCAAAUUUAUGGGCGUGCGACAAAAUUUGUGCAUUGGUGCGCAGUGUUCUGUUCAACACUGCACAAGAAAAAAAUGUAAAAUUUGCAGAACCCGUUGAUGACCUGACGGUCGAUCACGAUCUCUUGGUUCGUGGGGGCAAAAGGAAACUCAUAAAGCUAUGCUCAUUUUUGAGAACGAACGUGAUCGACCUGAACAACUAUUACGAGAUAGCUAGGGGACGUAUGAAUGGUGCUUAUUACUYUGAAUCGGAGAACGCUGACCUAGAGCUGGGUCUGCGGUUGUUGAAAGACGACGUKGACAAGCUUUUGGACACGUUGAAUGACAUMAGUGGAUACCGUAACGAAAUCAAACACAUAUUGAAUAUGUACACUGAACAAGAGGCGCGAUACAGAAAGCUCAGAUUGCUGAACAAGGGUGCAAUACUUCGACACCGAAAACUGAAAUAA